AUGUGUGCAGCAUGUUGCCACAAUUUCAUUAUAGUUAAUUCAUCCUUCAGUAUUUUGAUUAAAGUACUCUUUAAAGGUAAAUUUGGCAAAAAUUAGUAUUAAGUGUCCCAAAAUAGCAAUAGCAACCAGUAGUGCGGGGGAAAAUCAAAGAUAUCUCUCCAUCCCCGAAAAGUAAUGUUCACUUAACAAACAACAUUUGGUUACAGUGUAAACAGAUAAAAUCUCACUGUGAAAUUCCAAACCCAUGCCAAACUGAACCCUAAAGCAUUGAUCACAGAGGCUGACAAAUAAUUACAAUUCAUUAAACAGCCAUAAGACACAUUAACAAUGUGAGCUGUCUUACCAGAAUCUGUGCAAAACUUGCCACUGCCCUCCAGUCAGCUACUUUGCAAAUCUGUUGUUCAGAUGUUAGUUUACGCCACAUGACAUUUCUAUUUUGACAUACAGUAAGUAAGUAAUACAGUGUAACAAUAUCCACGGUUGUUCUUUGUUUUUAUUUUUAUUUUUUUAUGUUCAUGAUGUUAACAUUGGGUGCUUUGUGAAGGAGGUAGUUGCAUAGGGUUUGUAAUGCAGUUUCUCCAAUUUUACCAAUCUCAGCUUAUUGAAUAUAAAAAGCAACUUUUUAUGUUGACAUACCAACAAUCCCCCACACGUUUUGGUUUGUUUUCUACCCCCACAUGCCACUAAUGACAUUGUUCAGAAACCUGUCUGUAAACAGUUAACAUAGCUAACGGCAAAAGAUAAAAUAUAUCCCAAAAACAUUUGAAAUAGUUAGCUGAAAAAAGGGUUAGGCAAUGGAUAGGCUGCUGAAAUAGUUAGCUAAAGGUGAUGGGUAAGUGGUUGCAAUCAUUCGAGACAAGCGUUGGAUAAGUAGAAAUGGUUAGCUAAACGCAAUGGAUAACCACUGAUAUUGUAAGUCAAAAGUAACAUUUGAUGAGUUGUUAGCUAAAUCACUGGAAUAGUAAGCAUCGGUUUUAAGAUAAUCACUUCAAUUAGCUAAAACUUACAGUUAGUGAAUAGCUUCAGUUCAUUUUACAGGAAUACGCCCCACCCCUUACAAACAUCUUUUUUAUCAGUACUUACUAAUGCGUAUGACUGAUAACUCCCUGAGUAUAUAAGAUGUUGACCAUGAGUCAUUGUUCCCUCAAACCUCAACCUAGAGCCUCUGAACCAGUAAGAUCUUCAGAAACCUAGACGAGCCAAAACUUCUGGGUGGUGUAUCUCACCUGUAGGUACUUCGAAGAAACAUCACGAUGAACAAAUUUCUGUGGAGCUGUGCUGCGUUAUUGACGCUGUUUGUUACAGUGGAGGCCCUCAGAUGUUACACCUGUGACGUGAGCAUCCUCGGCUCCUGCACAGGCACAACUGCUGUAAACUGUUCCAAGUCUGACAACAUGUGCUUCUCCGGAGUUCUCUCGUUUUCUGCCGACCGGUUGCCAAUCUAUGAUAAAGGCUGCAUAAUGGCAUCUGCCUGCAAAAAUGUGACAAAUGAGCCCAUCCUGAACAUUAACUACACCAUCAUCAGGCACUGCUGCAACACCGACCUGUGCAACGGAGUCGCCCCCGUCCAGCUGCCUGCGACUGCAGCUCUGGGAGCAGCGCUGGUUGCUCUUUGGAGCCAGUGGGUCCUUUAAAGAAGGAAGAGGAGGAAGAAAAUGAGUUGAAAAAUUAAAAUUUCAUCACUUUUGUCCAUUGAUUUCUUGAAUAUACUUAAAUUAGCACUUGCAAUAUCCCCAUGUAAUGCAUUAUACAAGUCAGCUGAGGUUACAGUAGUACUGUAUUUACUGUGUGAACUGUGUAAAUGAAUAUGUAUGUGUUUCUAUGCAACUUGCAUACAUUUAAACACCUUGUUAAUGUAAGACAAAGUUGAGACAUAUAGGCUAGAUUUUGUUGCGAAUCAUUUCAUUUUCAUUCAAUACUAAAAGGCGACUCAAU